GCGGUGGCGCUAAAGGAGCCCCGAGGAGGGGGUGUAGUGGGGAGUGUGCUGAGGAGUCGGGCGGGAGGCGCCAGCUCCGGGGAUACGGAGCGUCUGUAGGUGAAUGCUAGUGGACACCUCUAUUUACAAUGGCGCAGAGGUCUGGACAGGAAGAUCCAGAGAGGUAUCUCUUUGUGGAUAGGGCUGUAAUCUACAACCCUGCUACCCAGGCUGACUGGACUGCUAAAAAACUGGUAUGGAUUCCUUCUGAGCGCCAUGGCUUUGAGGCAGCCAGCAUCAAGGAGGAAAGAGGAGAUGAAGUGUUGGUUGAACUGGCAGAGAACGGAAAGAAAGCAAUGGUCAACAAAGAUGAUAUUCAGAAGAUGAAUCCCCCCAAGUUCUCUAAAGUGGAAGAUAUGGCGGAAUUAACCUGCUUAAAUGAAGCCUCUGUAUUGCAUAAUUUGAAGGACCGAUACUACUCUGGACUCAUCUAUACUUAUUCUGGACUGUUCUGCGUAGUCAUAAAUCCCUACAAGAACCUCCCAAUUUAUUCGGAAAAUAUCAUUGAGAUGUACAGAGGGAAGAAACGUCACGAAAUGCCACCACACAUUUAUGCAAUAUCUGAAUCUGCAUAUAGAUGCAUGUUGCAAGACCGUGAGGACCAAUCAAUUCUUUGCACAGGUGAAUCUGGUGCUGGGAAGACCGAAAACACCAAGAAAGUUAUUCAGUACCUUGCUCAUGUUGCUUCCUCCCAUAAAGGAAGAAAGGACCAUAAUAUUCCACCCGAAUCACCUAAACCCGUGAAACAUCAGGGGGAGCUGGAACGUCAGCUUCUGCAGGCGAAUCCCAUUCUGGAAUCCUUUGGGAAUGCAAAGACUGUGAAAAAUGACAACUCUUCCCGUUUUGGCAAGUUCAUUAGAAUUAACUUCGAUGUUACGGGUUAUAUUGUUGGGGCCAACAUCGAGACCUAUUUGUUGGAAAAGUCUCGUGCUGUUCGUCAGGCCAAAGAUGAACGAACAUUUCAUAUAUUCUAUCAACUGCUCUCUGGGGCAGGAGAACACCUAAAGUCUGACUUGCUGCUUGAAGGAUUUAACAAUUACAGAUUUUUGUCUAAUGGCUAUAUCCCCAUUCCUGGGCAGCAAGACAAGGAUAACUUUCAGGAGACUAUGGAAGCCAUGCACAUCAUGGGCUUUUCUCAUGAGGAAAUCUUGUCAAUGCUGAAGGUGGUGUCGUCAGUACUACAAUUUGGUAACAUUUCUUUUAAGAAGGAAAGAAACACUGAUCAGGCCUCCAUGCCAGAAAAUACAGUUGCACAGAAACUCUGCCAUCUACUGGGAAUGAAUGUAAUGGAAUUUACUCGAGCUAUACUUACGCCACGCAUUAAAGUUGGCAGAGACUACGUUCAGAAAGCCCAAACCAAAGAACAAGCAGACUUUGCAGUGGAAGCCUUGGCAAAAGCCACUUAUGAACGCCUCUUCCGCUGGCUUGUUCACCGCAUUAAUAAAGCUCUGGAUAGGACCAAACGACAGGGAGCUUCUUUCAUUGGCAUUCUGGAUAUUGCUGGAUUUGAAAUCUUUGAGCUGAACUCUUUUGAGCAACUUUGUAUCAACUACACCAACGAGAAGUUGCAGCAAUUGUUCAACCACACCAUGUUUAUCCUGGAACAAGAAGAGUAUCAGCGGGAGGGCAUAGAAUGGAACUUCAUUGAUUUUGGACUGGAUCUGCAACCCUGCAUUGAUUUAAUAGAAAGGCCUGCAAACCCACCUGGUGUACUGGCUUUGCUGGAUGAAGAAUGUUGGUUCCCUAAAGCUACUGACAAGACAUUUGUGGAAAAAUUGGUCCAAGAACAAGGAACCCACUCCAAAUUCCAAAAACCACGGCAGCUAAAGGACAAGGCUGACUUCUGCAUUAUUCAUUAUGCAGGGAAGGUAGACUACAAAGCAGAUGAGUGGCUGAUGAAGAACAUGGACCCUCUGAAUGACAAUGUGGCUACCCUUUUGCAUCAGUCUUCUGACAAAUUUGUUGCAGAGCUUUGGAAGGAUGUGGACCGUAUUGUGGGCCUGGAUCAAGUCACUGGUAUGACAGAGACUGCUUUUGGCUCUGCAUACAAGACCAAGAAGGGCAUGUUUCGUACUGUUGGGCAACUGUACAAGGAAUCUCUCACCAAACUGAUGGCAACUCUCCGAAACACUAAUCCCAACUUUGUGCGCUGCAUCAUUCCAAACCACGAGAAGAGGGCUGGAAAACUGGAUCCACACCUGGUUUUAGAUCAGCUUCGCUGUAAUGGUGUCCUGGAAGGAAUAAGGAUUUGUCGACAAGGUUUUCCAAACAGGAUAGUGUUCCAGGAAUUCAGACAGAGGUAUGAGAUCCUUACUCCUAAUGCAAUCCCUAAGGGGUUUAUGGAUGGCAAGCAGGCUUGUGAACGAAUGAUCAGAGCAUUGGAGCUGGACCCCAACUUGUACAGAAUUGGGCAGAGCAAGAUUUUUUUCCGAGCUGGUGUCUUGGCACAUUUAGAAGAAGAACGGGAUCUGAAGAUCACAGACAUCAUUAUCUUCUUCCAAGCCGUCUGCAGAGGAUACCUGGCCAGAAAGGCCUUUGCAAAAAAACAGCAGCAGUUAAGUGCAUUAAAAGUCCUGCAGAGGAAUUGUGCAGCAUAUCUAAAACUAAGGCACUGGCAGUGGUGGAGAGUCUUCACAAAGGUGAAGCCUCUUCUGCAGGUUACUCGACAGGAAGAAGAACUUCAGGCCAAGGAUGAGGAGCUGCUGAAGGUGAAGGAAAAACAGACAAAAGUGGAGGCAGAACUUGAGGAGAUGGAGAGGAAACAUCAACAGAUAGUAGAAGAAAAGAACAUUCUUGCGGAGCAGCUGCAGGCAGAGACAGAGCUGUUUGCUGAAGCUGAGGAGAUGAGAGCCCGUCUGGCUGCCAAAAAACAAGAGUUAGAAGAAAUUCUGCAUGAUCUGGAAUCCAGGGUUGAGGAGGAAGAGGAAAGGAACCAAGGCUUGCAAAAUGAAAAGAAAAAGAUGCAGGCACAUAUUCAGGACCUAGAAGAGCAACUUGAUGAGGAAGAAGGAGCUCGACAGAAGUUGCAGCUUGAAAAGGUAACUGCUGAAGCUAAAAUCAAGAAGAUGGAAGAAGAGAUCCUACUUUUAGAGGACCAAAAUUCCAAAUUUUUGAAGGAAAAGAAACUAACAGAGGAUAGAAUUGCUGAGUGCACCUCUCAGCUGGCUGAAGAAGAAGAAAAGGCCAAAAACUUGGCCAAACUCAAGAACAAACAGGAAAUGAUGAUCACAGAUUUGGAAGAGCGCUUGAAAAAGGAAGAGAAGACCCGUCAAGAACUGGAAAAAGCUAAAAGAAAACUUGACGGAGAAACAACAGACCUUCAGGACCAAAUAGCUGAGCUGCAAGCCCAGAUUGAAGAGCUAAAGAUCCAACUAGCCAAGAAAGAAGAGGAGCUGCAGGCUGCUCUUGCCAGAGGUGAUGAAGAAGCAGUUCAGAAGAACAAUGCACUGAAACUAAUACGAGAGUUGCAAGCUCAGAUUGCAGAACUCCAGGAGGACCUUGAAUCUGAGAAGGCAUCACGCAACAAGGCUGAAAAGCAGAAGAGAGACCUAAGUGAGGAGCUGGAGGCACUGAAGACUGAGCUGGAAGACACCUUGGAUACCACUGCAGCACAGCAAGAAUUGAGGACAAAGCGUGAGCAGGAAGUGGCUGAACUGAAGAAAGCUAUUGAAGAAGAAACCAAGAACCAUGAAGCUCAAAUACAGGAAAUCAGACAAAGACAUGCUACUGCACUGGAGGAGCUCUCUGAACAACUUGAACAGGCCAAAAGGUUCAAAGCAAAUCUUGAAAAGAACAAGCAAGGCCUAGAGACUGACAACAAGGAGCUAGCCUGUGAGGUGAAGGUAUUGCAGCAGGUCAAAGCAGAGUCUGAGCACAAGAGGAAGAAGCUGGAUGCUCAGGUACAGGAACUACAUGCCAAAGUGUCAGAAGGAGAGCGGAUUAGGGCAGAGCUGGCAGAAAAGGCGAACAAACUGCAGAAUGAGCUGGACAAUGUCUCAAGCCUCCUGGAGGAAGCAGAGAAGAAGGGCAUAAAGUUUGCCAAAGAUGCGGCAGGUCUGGAGUCUCAACUUCAAGAUACACAGGAGCUUCUUCAGGAGGAAACCCGCCAGAAAUUGAACUUGAGCAGUAGGAUUAGGCAGCUGGAGGAAGAGAAGAACAACCUACAGGAGCAGCAGGAAGAGGAGGAGGAGGCCAGGAAGAACUUGGAGAAACAGAUGCUCGCCCUGCAAUCGCAGCUGGUUGAUGCCAAGAAGAAGGUAGAUGACGACAUGGGAACUAUUGAAGGUUUGGAGGAAAAUAAGAAGAAAUUGCUGAAGGAUAUGGAGGCUUUGAGCCAACGUCUAGAGGAGAAGGCAAUGGCUUAUGAUAAACUAGAAAAGACCAAGAAUCGCCUGCAGCAGGAGCUGGAUGACUUGAUAGUGGACCUGGAUCAUCAGCGCCAAAUUGUCUCCAACUUGGAGAAAAAACAGAAGAAGUUUGAUCAGAUGCUGGCGGAAGAAAAGAACAUUUCUGCUCGCUAUGCAGAGGAGCGGGACCGGGCAGAGGCAGAGGCUAGAGAGAAGGAGACCAAGGCACUGUCUCUGGCGCGAGCUUUGGAAGAAGCCCUGGAGGGUAAAGAAGAAUUUGAGAGGCAGAAUAAGCAGUUGCGUGCAGAGAUGGAGGACUUAAUGAGCUCCAAAGAUGAUGUGGGCAAAAAUGUCCAUGAACUGGAGAAGUCCAAGCGAACCUUAGAGCAGCAGGUUGAAGAGAUGAGGACCCAGCUAGAAGAACUGGAAGAUGAGCUUCAGGCGACAGAAGAUGCCAAGCUUCGCCUGGAAGUGAACAUGCAAGCUAUGAAGGCCCAGUUUGAGAGAGACCUUCAGGCCAGAGAUGAACAGAAUGAAGAGAAGAAGCGGAUGCUGGUUAAACAGGUGCGGGAGCUUGAAACGGAACUGGAGGAUGAGCGCAAACAGAAGGCUCUUGCUGUGGCUUCCAAGAAAAAAAUGGAGAUGGAUCUCAAAGACCUUGAAGCUCAGAUAGAAGCUGCAAAUAAGGCUCGAGAUGAAGCAAUCAAACAGCUGCGCAAACUGCAGGCUCAGAUGAAAGAUUAUCAGCGGGAGCUGGAAGAGGCCCGUGCAUCCAGAGAUGAGAUCUUUGCUCAGUCCAAGGAGAACGAAAAGAAGUUGAAAGGCCUUGAAGCAGAAAUACUCCAGCUCCAAGAGGAUCUUGCUGCCUCCGAAAGAGCUCGUCGCCAUGCUGAGCAAGAGAGGGAUGAGCUGGCUGAUGAGAUUGCAAACAGUGCUUCUGGAAAAUCAGCUUUGCUGGAUGAGAAGCGCCGUCUGGAAGCCCGUAUUGCACAGCUGGAGGAAGAACUGGAAGAGGAACAGAGCAAUAUGGAACUCCUCAAUGACCGGUUUAGGAAGACCACAUUGCAGGUUGAUACGCUCAAUUCGGAGCUGGCAGGAGAACGGAGUGCUGCCCAGAAGAGUGAAAACGCACGCCAGCAGCUGGAGAGACAAAACAAAGAACUGAAAGCCAAGCUGCAGGAGCUGGAGGGAUCUGUGAAGUCUAAAUUCAAGGCAACCAUUUCUGCUCUGGAAGCUAAGAUUGGGCAGCUAGAGGAACAGCUUGAGCAAGAAGCAAAGGAAAGAGCAGCUGCUAACAAGCUGGUACGUCGUACAGAGAAGAAACUGAAAGAAGUCUUCAUGCAGGUGGAAGAUGAGCGUCGGCAUGCAGACCAGUACAAAGAACAGAUGGAGAAGGCUAAUGCCAGGAUGAAGCAGCUCAAACGCCAGCUGGAGGAAGCUGAAGAGGAAGCGACACGUGUGAAUGCCUCCCGUCGUAAACUUCAGCGUGAAUUAGACGAUGCCACGGAGGUCAAUGAGGGCCUUAGCCGGGAAGUCAGCACUCUGAAAAACAGGCUGAGGAGGGGUGGCCCGAUCACCUUCCCUUCAAGUCGAUCUGGUAGACGCCAGCUGCAUAUUGAAGGUGCUUCUCUGGAACUUUCUGAUGACGAUGCAGAAAGCAAAGGCAGUGACAUCAAUGAAACGCAGCCCGCCCAAACCGAGUAGAGCCGUGUCACACCAUUAGCAUGCAGAGACCUUUUACACAUAGUGGAAUGCAAAGGACUUACCUGACCAGCAAACUGCCUUGUGGCCGUGAAUCUGCCUUAUGUAAUAUUGGCAUGCUACAAGGUUACUUAUCACAGGUCAACUAUGUCUUAAGGCUCUGUAGCCUCACCAUACUGUACCCUGCUUCAAUAUAGGUACAACUGCUUUUUUAUAUAUAGUAAACUGUCUCUGUUCAGUGCAUCUCUUUUCCAGAUAUUCCUUGUAAAGCCAUUUUAUAAAGCAUCAUGUGAAAGAUACAACUUUUUUAUCAAUUCAGAAACUUCAUUCCCAAGCGGUAGUUGGUUGGGGCAGACCCAUUGUUAUUACUAUGCAUGCUUUGUUGUACAGAUAACACCCUUCCAUUUCUUUUGUGCUCACAUGGCCCUCAGCUGUAAUACAUCUGUUGGCGCACUGUGAAGACCAAACUGCUCCCGUAUCUCUUUUUUUUCCUCCUAAUUAUUGUGAGCAACACACAAUCAGCAAGUAAACUGUGAAAAGGCCUUGGAAGUGUUCAGAGGGAAAUCUAGGGUUGAAUGCUUAGUAUCCAUUUUUAACCUGCCAUAUCAUUUUGAAGUGUUCUUGGCAUCUGCUUCAUCAAUUAGUGCUUGUGCACUACAGGUAAAUUGAAUAGUAUCACCGUUCUUCAUUUGGACAAUACCUCGCAUCUGUACAGACCUGCUAUAUCAGUCCGAAGGCAUCUGUACAUAGUAAGGCUAGUAAAAUAUGAACACCAGUAACAUGGAAAAAAUAAACAUGGAACAGAGGCUCAGGAUGGGAAUUUACUUCUUAACUGCUGGCUGAUUAGUCUUCAGAACAUGGAGCUGAAUAGCUGCUGCUCCUCUUGACAUGAGGGAGUUUCACAGCCAUGAGAUGCAGGUUUAAGAAAUACCCGAGCCAGCCUUGUGUAACACAGAGCUGGCUCACUUACCAGCUGUUGAGCCUAAAUCAGCAGGACCAUCUGUACUGUACUUAUGUUUUUGGCUUGUUUGGAGUCUCUGUAGUUUAGAGGUUAAAAGAUGGAUAUUGCCUGCCUGAGAGUUGACACGCCAGUGGAUGUGAAUUCUUUCUUUUGGUUAUUAUUUUGAACAGUGUUACACCAAGUAGUUGCAUUCUUUUUGUUUAAAUAGCUGAAAAACCGACAUUACAGAAAGUGCCUUAGACACUACAGUACUAAGACAAUGUUACAUAUAUAAUUUGCCUAUAUAACAAUGAUUUACUGUAUUAAUUUUUGACUGUGCUUCAUAUCAUGUACCUCUCUAGUCAAAGUGGUGGUAUUGAUAUUCAGUGAUAAUGAAUCAGUGUUAACUAUGAAAUUUCAUCCCUCUGCAAUGUGCUUGAAAACAUGAUUUUCCUUUGGGUUAAAAGCUUUAACAUCUGUUACAAAGGUUUUGUUGUGCGUUUGGAUAUUUUUUAAUUGAACUGGCUGUUGACCACCAGGCAUCUGACUGCAGAUAUCUUGUUUUCUUGUAUACCCAUAUUUCUAGACGAUGAUUUUUGUAAGACAAUAAAUUUAUUCAUUAUAGAUA